AUGAGUAUACUGGUGAUUACGGUAGACCUGCAAUGCUGCCGCUGCAAGAAGAAGAUCAAGAAUGUUCUCGAGUGCCUCAAAGAGGAUUACUGCAUCGAGAAGACCGAGUACGAGGACAAAGACAACAGGGUGAUCGUCCGUGGGAAAUUCGACGCGGAGAAGCUCUGCAAAAAGAUCUGGUGCAAGGCCUGUAAGGCCGUCAAGGAUAUCAAAAUCGUACCACAAUGGCCGCCGCCGCCGGCGGACCCCGGCCCAACCAAGCCGACGAAACCACCAUGCGCAUGCACAUGCCCGCCUCCGCCCGAGCCGCCAAAACCAUGCCCAUGUCACCCGAAGGCGCCAUGCCCGCCGGCUCCAACCAAGCCGCCGAAACCACCAUGCGCAUGCACAUGCCCGCCUCCGCCCGAGCCGCCAAAACCAUGUCCAUGUCACCCGAAGCCAUGCCCGCCGGCUCCUGAGCACAAACCAUGCAAACCUGAGCACAAACCAUGCAAACCUGAGGCCAAACCAUGCCCGACUGAGCACAAACCAUGCAAACCUGAGGCCAAAAAAUGCCCUGAGCCGGAAAAAGAGCCGCCGCCGCCCAAACCAACAUACAAGUUCAUGCCCUACCCGUACCCGGUACCGUACCCUAUGCAGUGCCAGAGCUCGCCGUGGAACUGCCCUCCGCAGCAAUGUCACUGCUGCCCUGCCGAAAAGCCACCGCCCCCGCCGCCACCGCCUCCCCGACCGCCGCCGGAGCCCCCCAAGCCAGAGCCCUGUAAGUGCUCGCAGUCGCAACACCCCUCUCACGGUGGCUGUGGCUGCGGCAAGCCGCCUAAUUGCUGGCCGCCGCCCACCUGGCCGCCGCAGCAACCCUGCUUCAUGCCGCCACCAUGGUUCACGGAGGAGAACCCGUCGGAUGCCUGCUCCAUCAUGUGA